AUGCUCUCCAAGCGUUGUUUGGCUCUGGCUGCCACUUUCGUUUUGACUGUGCAGCACCCAAGUCCUCGAUCUCUACCAAGCGGCAAGUUUGAGGAGCGGGUCGGCAGCGGCCAAGCCUGCGCCAAUGACAGCCUGGAUGGCAUGCCGUGGGCGACGUCAGCCCAGUUCCAGCACCCCGCCGGCGACCAGCGGACUGCACCACCGGGCGUUGGGCUAUCGAGAGGUCCAGGUACCGCCAUGGGCGAGCAUCGCCACCACCUGCGCCGGCUGCCCCAAGUAGCGGUACCCAGCUCUGCCGGCUUCCCAGUAGGGCAUGGAAGCCCACAGUCUCAGGUCAUCGUCGAUUCCUCCAUUCAGAGCCUCGGGCUCGCGGCCGAAGCGGCAGUUGAUUGGCUCUGUGGUCGUCAGCCAGACAACUUGGCACUCAGGGUCCUCGUCUCAAUGCGGACACGACGGCUUUAG